AUGGAAUUAGAAGAGAGAAACAGAAAGAAAAAGAAAAAGUACCUACAUCCUUGGACGGUACGACCCGUGUGUCAAGACAGACUAUUGGGAAAGGGCAGCAAGGCACGGUCCACGAGCACGACCCUCAAAAGGGGCGUGGAUGCAGGAAUGGGCAAGGGCCACGGUAUUGCCAUGAUGGGCCGAACAGAUGGGAUGGGAAAGCAUGGGGGAUUGCCAUGGGCGAGCCAUGAGCCAUGA